UCAUGCCUACAUUUGUCAUCAUCUCUCUCUCUCUCUGGGGUCACCACGCUGUCUCGUAUAAAGAUCAGGUCAAAUCUACCCUGAACUUCAGGGCUGUGCUUACAUCUUAUUGAACACCUUUCAUUUUCUAGCACUGGACAUUUAUUAUAUCUAUAUAUAAUUUGCAAAAUGUUAUCUAUUCUCUUUGUGAAUUCUGAUCUGUGUUAAUUUGUAGUGACUAAUCCGGUUAGUCAGUGGUUUGUAUAAUAUUAUGGCAGUCAGUAAUGAUAGCACAUCAGAGGUUUUGUUUAUACACCAACAAAUGUUUCAGGUUGCACUGACUGAAGGACCACUUUCAAAAGUUAGUGUUGCAACAAUAAUGUCACUUUUUUUUACUUAUUUGAAUGCUAUCAUGGUCUACACUAUUUGGAGUAAACCUGUUUUAAAAGAGACUCCACGCUACAUUCUCUUUACCCACAUGCUCCUCAAUGACUCGAUUCAGCUCAUUGUUACCUCCAUGCUGUACAUCUUCAGUCUGUCCUUUUUCAAAUUAAUUACAUUUGCUUGUGCUUUUUUGGUUUUUGUUUCAUCGACCACUUUUAAUAACGCACCUUUAAACCUUGCUGUGAUGUCAUUAGAGCGUUAUGUGGCUAUACGCUUUCCUCUAAGACAUGCUGAAAUAGCCACUCAGAAAAGGACUCAUUUUGCUAUCGGAGCCAUUUGGUUUAUUGGUUCUAUAAACUUCAUAAUUGACUUGCUAUAUGGAGUAGUGAUGGAUUCUAACUUUCUAACUUCGCAAAUAUUUUGCACAAGAGAAAGACUUUUCAAGAGGCCAUGGCAAGCAGAUGUUUUGCAGGGCUUUUACAUAUUCUACUUUGUGUCAGUGACUGUGAUAAUCCUUUUCACUUAUAUCAGCAUAAUGAUCACAGCCAGGUCCAUUUCCUCCAAUAAAGACUCUGCUGCAAAAGCUCACAAGACUGUGCUGCUGCACCUCAUUCAGCUGGGCCUGUGCCUUACUUCUUUUCUCUACAGCAUUAUAGAACGAGCUGCAGCAAUGGCUGGCAGCAGCAUUCUUUUCAUGGACCUACGUUAUCUGAACUACCUGUUUGUGCUGAUCUUACCACGCUGCUUAAGCCCACUCAUCUACGGACUGAGAGACGAAGCUGUGUGUCCAUUACUCAUGCACUAUUUCCGCUGUGCCAAAGGCAAACGUAAGCCUACAGUCAAUGUUCACUGA